ACGAGUACGAGGUAUAUGGAACGUCAAAUUACAGUUUUGUUAUGUAGAUACUAAAUACUUUUAAUGAUUAUUGCUUUCGGCGUUUUCUUAUAAACAGUUAUUCGCUAGGAAGUGAAGUUACCCAUUGUAAAUUCUACUUAGAUUAAUAAGUCCCUCUCCGUCAGUGAAUGUAGAGUAAUAAAUUACUUUCAUUGAUAAGUACAAAAAAGAAGUAACAGUAUAAUAAAAUGACGGCAAGUGCAACUGAUGAUGAGAGUUUUAUACGGAAGGAAUUCAUUUGCGGCGUUGUUGAAGGCUUUUACGGUCGACCAUGGACUACCGAGCAAAGAAAAGAUCUAUUUCAAAAGCUAAAGAAAUGGGGACUAGAUAUUUAUGUUUAUGCACCUAAAGAUGACUACAAGCACCGAGCAUACUGGCGUGAGUUGUACACAGUGGAGGAAGCAGAACACUUAACAUCACUGAUAUGUGAAGCUAAGUCUAAUGGCAUCAUGUUUUGCUAUGCCUUGUCGCCUGGCCUUGAUAUAACAUACAGCAACCAGAAAGAGAUAACAGCACUGAAACGGAAACUUGAACAGGUGUCUCAGUUUGGCUGCACCUGUUUUGCUCUGUUGUUUGAUGAUAUUGAGCCAGAGAUGAGUGAAGCGGACAAACAAAUAUUUCAAAGCUUUGCACAUGCACAGGUGUCUGUGACAAAUGAGGUCCAUCAGCAUCUGGGUUGCCCGCGGUUCCUGCUGUGCCCAACUCAGUACUGUUCCACCAGAGCUGUUCCCACCGUCCCCAACUCGGAGUACCUCAACACUCUGGGCACAAAGCUGUCUCAGGAAAUUGAUAUUAUGUGGACUGGUCCAAAGGUUAUCAGCAAAAUUCUCACAACGGAGUGUAUAGAGGAGAUCACACAGGUGCUUCGAAGACCUCCCGUCAUCUGGGACAACCUGCACGCUAAUGAUUAUGAUCAGAAGAGAAUAUUCUUGGGUCCGUACUGCGGCCGGUCACCGGAGCUGAUCCCGCUGCUCCGCGGGGUCCUCACAAACCCCAACUGCGAGUACAAUGCCAACAUGAUCCCCAUCAGGAGUCUGGCUCACUGGGCCAGUUGCAGUCUGGACGCGCCAGUUCACAACGAGGCUGUCUCGUGGGAUAUAAAACUGGAGCGGGAGAGCGACCAGGGCGUGUGUGACGACGACCUGAACCUCUCGCUGGGGAAGCACGUCUACCAUCACCGACAGACACUCAGACAGGCCAUAAACGAAUGGUUACCGGAGUUUUCAAUACCAAAGACAGCUCAAGGUCCUGUGAUAAAGCCGCAGCCACCAGUUACAGUGCCGCCAGUGCCCAUCAUCCCGAUCGUGCCGUCCGUGAACACGUGCAUGUCGCUGGUGACGGGUGUCACUUCCACCUGCACCGUCUCCGCCGCGGACAUGUCGGGCGCCAUGCCCGCGAUCCCCACUCUCAGCAGUACUCAGCUGCAGGCGCUGGCCGACACCUGCGCCGUGGACAGCGUGUGCUCGCCUGUGUCGAGCGCAGAAACCUUCAACCCCGUAGCCAAUCCCGUGAUGAACUCCCUCGUGUCUCCGACGAAGGUGAUCCUCAACGAGUCGAUACCGAACCCCAUCAUACCGAUGGUGAGCUCUAACAUAUCGGUGCCCUCCGAGAUGCCGGUCUCAACCCUGCCCAUCCCGAUCCUCGGGCUCAAGUCCAUGGACGACUCCGCCAUGGAGAAGAUCGAGUGCGAGCUGUCCAACGACAGUGUGGGCUUCAUGAAGUCCGAGGAGCAGAUCAUUGUUGAUGACGAGGAGCAGAAGAACGGAGAUAUGAGUGUUGGUGGCACUCCUCAAACGCCGAGCCCCGGGUGUAAGGUGGGGGCCCCCGCGCCUGAGGGCCCCGUGGCCCCCGAGCCGCUGGACGUUGACCCGCCAUCCGUGGCCCACACGGACUCCGAUGUCGUCAUGAACGAUGGUUGUAGCGAGAACGGUUCAAUGCAAGUGGAACCCAGCAACAGCCCUCUGAGUGGAGACAUGAUGGUGGAGGCUGUAGACCCCACCGAUUUUGUAGAUGAGCCAAUAGAUGAAGCGGCCCCGCUGCUGGACAAGCACAAUCUCACCCAUGAAGACCUGCUCCUGCUGUGCGACCUGUUCUACUUACCGUUCGAGCACGGCGCACGGGGACUGCGGCUGCUGCAUGACUUCCACUGGCUGACCAGCCAUGCGGCCACCAUCCUGAGAGGGAACAAGCCCGAGACAAGCGAGUGGCGACGACGGCUAAGGCGGUUCUCCUGGUGGUCGGGCCGUUGCCGCCGGCUACUGCGGCGGCUGGGAGCGGCCGCCAACGGCGAGUUGUACGCAGAGCUGCGGCCCUACGUGUGGGACGUGUGCGCCGCGUUGGCGCUACUCACCGCCCUGCUCGACUGGCUGGAGCUCGGAAAGUUCCCGUCGAAUAUAGCAACCAAUAUGCAAGGAAGCUACACGUGGUUCUCUAAGGGAUGGCGCGAGGCAUUCGAGAGCGGCGCACAAGAGCCGUGGGUGUUUCGCGGAGGACUAGCGGCUGAUCUGCGGCGACUGGUGCCGCUCGACUGCGGGCCCGACCUCCGUCUGCCGCCGCUGGCCUUCACCGCGCUCCACGCGGGCGCACCACACCUCGUGCGACCGUACGCGGCCCCGGACCACCGCGCGGUUUGCACGAUCUGCCACAAGACGUGUCGAGACGGCGCGGAUUGCAGCGACCUGUUCCCCGCCGACCUCCAGAGCUUACCGGCCGAUCGAUUAGUGGAGCCGUUCCUAACUUUGGCGCCAGAAUUGUGCAUGGUGAUUGAGGAUGAUGAUGGGUGUGUGAUGGAUGAUGGAAACGACGUUGAUGACGACUCGGAGAGUGAUAAGCCUGCUUCGAGCGAUGUGAAGAUCAAUGGUGUAAAGCCAGAAAUAAUUGGAUACGCCUGCGCCGCGCUGAACAGCAAGGAGUUCUACAAGAGACAGGAGGUGGCCUGGGUGCCGGAGAUGUGCGAGAAGUAUCCAGAGCAUCUGAUACAGAGGAACGACCUCUCACCCGCAGCUAAGGAGAGCAUCCAGCACUUCCACCGGUUCAGCGAGAUGGAGCGAGCGCCCGACAGUGUGUCGGCGGCUCAUCCCGCACUUAUCACGUGCUGCGUGUUGCCCGCACCGCGUGACCCGCACGCACCCGCACGCUUGCUCACCUGUCUGCUGGCAGCGCUACGAGCCAGCGGUGCGAAUGGCGUGCACGCGUGUAUCAACGAGACGGACCAUUAUCUGCAGCAGUUCUACAACAAGCUUGGCUUCGUGGAAGUGUGCAGGGAUGGUGGCCGCGUCUACCUUGGACGGUCGUUCUAGCGGCACCACGGACGGACCACCUGACGGACAUUUCAUCGGUGACUGUUAAUGUUAGUUUAGAUAGGACGUCACAGCGGCCGUGUCUACUUCCGUCGGAUGUUACAGGGACGUCGUAGACGACGUACUAACUGACUGAAUGUUGAUCGGUGACUGUUAAUGUUAGUUUAGAUUGGACGUCACAGCGGCCGUGUCUACUUCCGUCGGAUGUUACAGGGACGUCGUAGACGACGUACUAACUGACUGAAUGUUGAUCGGUGACUGUUAAUGUUAGUUUAGAUAGGACGUCACAGCGGCCGUGUCUACUUCCGUCGGAUGUUACAGGGACGUCGUAGACGACGUACUAACUGACUGAAUGUUGAUCGGUGACUGUUAAUGUUAGUUUAGAUUGGACGUCACAGCGGCCGUGUCUACUUCCGUCGCAUGUUACAGGGACGUCUUAGACGACGUACUAACUGAAUGUUGAUCGGUGACUGUUAAUAUAAGCUUAGAUUGGACGUCACAGCGGCCGUGUCUACUUCCGUCGCAUGUUACAGGGACGUCGUAGACGACGUACUAACUGAAUGUUGAUCGGUGACUGUUAAUAUAAGCUUAGAUUGGACGUCACAGCGGCCGUGUCUACUUCCGUCGCAUGUUACAGGGACGUCGUAGACGACGUACUAACUGAAUGUUGAUCGGUGACUGUUAAUAUAAGCUUAGAUUAGACGUCACAGCGGCCAUGUCUACUUCCGUCGCAUGUUACAGGGACGUCGUAGACGACGUACUAACUGAAUGUUGAUCGGUGACUGUUAAUAUAAGCUUAGAUUGGACGUCACAGCGGCCGUGUCUACUGCCGUCGCAUGUUACAGGGACGUCGUAGACGACGUACUAACUGACUGAAUGUUGAUCGGUGACUGUUAAUGUUAGUUUAGAUAGGACGUCACAGCGGCCGUGUCUACUUCCGUCGGAUGUUACAGGGACGUCGUAGACGACGUACUAACUGACUGAAUGUUGAUCGGUGACUGUUAAUGUUAGUUUAGAUUGGACGUCACAGCGGCCGUGUCUACUUCCGUCGCAUGUUACAGGGACGUCUUAGACGACGUACUAACUGAAUGUUGAUCGGUGACUGUUAAUAUAAGCUUAGAUUGGACGUCACAGCGGCCGUGUCUACUUCCGUCGCAUGUUACAGGGACGUCGUAGACGACGUACUAACUGAAUGUUGAUCGGUGACUGUUAAUAUAAGCUUAGAUUAGACGUCACAGCGGCCAUGUCUACUUCCGUCGCAUGUUACAGGGACGUCGUAGACGACGUACUAACUGAAUGUUGAUCGGUGACUGUUAAUAUAAGCUUAGAUUGGACGUCACAGCGGCCGUGUCUACUUCCGUCGCAUGUUACAGGGACGUCGUAGACGACGUACUAACUGAAUGUUGAUCGGUGACUGUUAAUAUAAGCUUAGAUUAGACGUCACAGCGGCCAUGUCUACUUCCGUCGCAUGUUACAGGGACGUCGUAGACGACGUACUAACUGAAUGUUGAUCGGUGACUGUUAAUAUAAGCUUAGAUUGGACGUCACAGCGGCCGUGUCUACUGCCGUCGCAUGUUACAGGGACGUCGUAGACGACGUACUAACUGACUGAAUGUUGAUCGGUGACUGUUAAUGUUAGUUUAGAUAGGACGUCACAGCGGCCGUGUCUACUUCCGUCGGAUGUUACAGGGGCGUUGUAGACGGCGUACUAACUGACUGAAUGUCAUAGACUAAGCCCGAUAAAACGUGACCAAUUUUGAUUUGUCAGUGUGUAUGUUAGCUAAUGGUUUAAUAUUCAAAAUACUGACGAUUUAUUGCCAAGCGUGUGUGACUGCUUACGAAUUGAAUGAAUUGAAUUAGGUACUAUAUCUCUGUUUGAGAUAUUCUUCUCUGUCGCGCGCUUUGUUUGUCUAUACUCUAUACGCUAUUAUAUUGUAAGUCUAUUCUGCUCAAUGUUGAUCGGUAACAGUUAACGUUAGUUUACACUUUAUAUAAAACGUCACAGCGGCUGUGUCUACUUCUGUCAAUCGUUCUGUGAUUCUAAUGACGCUGAAGACUAUGGCAUAGCUGACUUAAAGCUGGAAUCUUAGAUAGAGUCUCUUGUUGCUAGACAACCGAUAAAAACAGGCCAGGAAUACUAGUUUAGUGUGCGUGAAUUGCUCAAAAUAAGAGGUUAGUCCGAAACUCAAUUUUGUCGACGUUUUCACAGCUGUCAUAGUCUAUCUAAAAAUAAUGUAAAUAUCGAAGGUAGCUUGUUUGCUAUUACAAAAUACUGGAACAUAUAUUUUGGAUGAAAUUAUGGUUUUAUUUCGAUUUAUCGAAUAAAUUUUUUUAAUUAAAUUUUCGUUUGUCGCCAAUAUAUUACUUAUAAGUGUAAGAUGGAAUAUGUAUGUGUUAUUAUGGGCUUAUAUUACGUCACUUUUGUGGAUAUCAUUUUGAAUAUUUAUUUUUACUAAAUUUAGGUGCAUCUUGUUACUUUAGUCAUUUGUAACAAUCCAUUGUCCAUUGAAACUUAUAUGUCAUUAUUUAUUUAUAAUUACAUUGUACAUUGAAUUGAUAUAAAUAGUACAUUUCAUAUUAGUACCUAUUUAGAUAUAAGGGUAGUGAAGGUUUUUACAUGUCAUGGUGUAGCAAAUUCAUAAAAUAACGUAAAUUUUGUAUGAUUACAAUAGAAUUUAUUGUAUGUCAUUAAAAUUAUUAAAAUAUAAUAUCUAGUCUUUUCGAAACAUUGCUACAUCAUCGAAAUUAAUUAUUUAAAUGGAUAUGUAUGUAUUUUGUUAAAAAUAUCCAUUUCAUUUUAUUGAAUGUAUUUUUAAUCGAGUCGUAUGCGAUGUUUUAUUUAUAAUUUCUCUGAAUAAUAAAUAGAAAUAGCAGAAAUAGGUUUAAUGAUCACCAUAAUUUUGUUUUCAAAUUUUAUUUGUGUAUAAAUCCUAGAAGUAAGGGUUAUCACUUUAAAAACAUAAUAAAUUGUAAUUAUUAUGACGGGUACGGGUAUCUGUAAUUUUAUAUAUUUGAUUCCGAUAUUUCGAUCCAAUUGCAUGAAUCGUGGUCACGGCGGAAUAUCGGCAUCAAAUAUAUAUCGUGAGUACCCGUCAUAGUAAUUACAAUGUUGAAGUUCCGCGAUUAUAAAAGUUUAAAAACAAACAUAACAAAAAUUAUUUAGAUUUGCAAGAGCGACAAGUCAAGUUCCUAAUAUGCAAAUAUUAGGGUUAUCAACUGUAAAGUAGAUCCUGUAGAUGAAGCCACAACCUGAGAGUUCAACAGAGCAUACAAGAUUUUAUCAAUGACUCGAAACGGCUGGCACAGUUGGAAGUGCACUCGCUUUUGUUUUCAAAUUUUAUUUGUGUAUUGGAAUUAAUGUUUAGUAAAAAUAAUUUAGAGAAAUCUAUAACUUAACAGAACAUCACAAACGGUGCAUCGAAUAUCUCAUAUAUAAAGUGGCUAAUAUUAUUUAUUUUAUCGCUAGUUAUCACAAUAUGUCUUUGUUUCCGUCAGACUCAAUAUUUAAUAUAUAAUAACUAACAUUUGUUAAAUUUAGGAAAAUAUAUACAUAUUACAUAGCAAUACUUGUCAUGUAUGUAUUAGAUUUAAAAUUACAUAAGAUUUUUGCUUAUUACAUAAGGUUUAGUUUCAUUUUAUUAGUAAUUUCUUGAUUGUAAAUAUUUGUGCUUAGAAAGUGUAAUUGUGUACCAGGUUACUGCCAAUAUUAGAUAGAAUGAUAAUCCAGCUUUCUCAUAUGCCGUUCUCAACAUGAAGAGACAUAGGUGAAUGUACAAGUUACUUGUAAAUGUUAGAAAGGCUUUCUGCGUUGUAUAACCCCGAAAAUCUUAUUAAACGGUCCAUAGAAAAUUUUUAGUUGUAGCACUUAUUAAAAACUCUUAGUUAUGAAGACAGUAUAGCAUUGAGAAAAGCUAACGAAAGUCUUUCGCGACACACUUGAAGCGACGCCACAUAGCACAAUUUGAAAGUCGUUAAUGAUUUGCUAUUAUUGUGGGAUUAACAUUUUUUAUUCUCAUAAAUGUGUCCAGUAUCUGAAACUGAUAAACCAGUUUCUUUUUGUUAGUUUCAACAUAACGUUGUAUUACCCAUAUUAUAGUGAUGUCCUAUAAUUGUCGAUAAAAUCACUCUUAUCUCAAGCGACACCCCAUUUUAUAAUUCAUGUUUUUCCAUUAGCAGCUUCCCUUUAGUAAGGUAAAACGUAAGUAAGACAGCCGACAUUGUUUAUUACAGUCAACGUUCUUACGACAAACACCCGACAUUGUGCCCUUUCUUUAAAAUAAAGGAUUCGUGGGCUGAUUGAUCGGUUCAAAGUGAAUCAUAAACAUUAUAAUUUGUAAGAAAUAAACGUUAAGAAGACUGUAUUUUGUAUGAUAAUUUUGAAUCUUCCAUAUUAAGUGACUCCUUGAAGUAUAUGUAAAAUCAAUAAAUCAUUUUAUAUUUUAAGGAGAGUUGGAUAGUAGGUGAGUUUUUUGCGGAAAUCGUAGUAUGUUUGCAUGUUCUUUUAGAAUAUUUCAAAAUUUAAAAAAAAGUUUAAUGUAUAUUUCUGAAGCUCACUUAACUAAUAUAGUGGUUGAAAUUAUGAGAUAAAGAAGGUUGUGACUGAAAAGAUCAAACAAAAAAUUUCAAUACAAAUAUUAAUAUCUUACUAAAUAGACGAACAUUUGUGUAUAAAACGUAAAAUAGGAAUUUAGCAAUACCCAUAGAUUUAUCUAGAUCAUAGGAAAAUUAAUUUAAAAAUAAUAUGAACGAUGCGGGACUCGAACCCGCGACCUCUCGCGUUCCGUUCGAGCGCCCUUCCACCGUUCCGUUCGAGUUAUCAUCUGUAAAGUAGAUCCUGUAGAUGAAGCCACAACCUGAGAGUUGAAGAAGACAUUAAGAUUUAUGAACGUGACGUCACUCGAACGGUUGGCUCAGUGGAAGAGUGCUCGCACCUAACGCUUCGUUCAUAAAUUUAAUUUCAAAUCAUUUGUGUAAUAAUCACUUUAAAGAAUUACAAAUUGUUUAGACUUUGAUUGUUCUCGUGUGGUUUUGCUAUUGAACUGUUCACUGUGAGACCGUAUGUAGUAGUAUAAGUGCUAAAAUAAUAAACAUUUUUUAUGGA